AUGGCGACUUCUCCCGAUGAUACCAAAGACUUCAAGAUCGCGGCGGGUAGUCCGCCCCCGGAUGACAUUGGCAUUGCCAAUUCUGAAGAGAUCAAAGGUGGAGAUGACCAAUAUGAGGUUUUCAAGAGAGGGGAUGGCCAGGUCGACUUCCGGACGGUGAGCUGGAUCCGCGCAUCGGCCAUCUUUCUCAAGAUGCUCUUUGCUACUGGCAUUCUCUCCAUCCCGUCGGUUAUGUAUGAUCUCGGUGCCUUUCCGGGAGCCGUGAAUCUAGUAGGCUGGUGCCUCCUCAACGCAUACGGAGCUAUCAUCCUGGGAGACUUCCGCAAUCGGCAUCCCCAGUGUCACUCGGUGGCGGAUAUGGCUGGAGUCAUCGGCGGGCCUAUUGCCCGGGAAAUCGUGGGAUCCAUGUUCAUCGUUUCCUAUGUGAUCACGGCCGCCUCCGGCGUAAUCGGCGUCUCGGCUGCCUUCAAUGCUUUAUCGCUUCAUGCUAUGUGUACGGUCUGGUGGUCAGUCGUCGCGACGGUCAUCAUCGCUGCAUUCGCCAGCGUCCGAAAGUUCUCCCACAUUGGAUGGCUCACUAUCGGCGUAACAACCCGAGAUAGGCCGGCCGUUGCCCCUCAGACCGGAGACUAUGACUUCGGUUACCGCGUCAUUGGUCAUCCUACCUUUGCAGCCGGCAUCACUGCCGCAGCGACGAUCUUCGUCUCCAGCUCAGCUACAUCCGCCUUCCUCCCGGUGAUAUCAGAGAUGCGCAACCCCAAAGACUACCCCAAAGCGGUAUACCUCAGCAUGGGUUUCGUGACGGCCUCGUACCUCAGUUUUGCGCUGGUGAUCUACCGCUGGUGCGGAAAAUGGAUCGCCGCUCCAUCGCUCGGCAGUGCCGGCCCAACGGUCAAGCGAGUCGCGUACGGCAUCGCAUUACCAGGCCUGAUCGUCAGUGGAUCUCUGUACGUGCAUGUUGCCGCUAAGUAUCUCUUUGUGCGAAUCCUGCGCAACUCGAAACACCUGCAGUCAAACAGUCCGACACACUGGGGAACGUGGCUGAGUUGUACGAUUAUUCUCUCGGGGAUCUCCUUCGUGUUGGCUUCUGCGAUCCCGAUUUUCACGUAUGUAUUGGCGUUGGUGGGGAGUCUUUUCUUUGCGCCGCUGGCAAUCAGCUUGCCGGGGUUGUUGUGGCUGUAUAGUCACGACCAUUAUCGACGGGGGAAUGUGAUGCGGAAGGUAGUGUACGGUUUACAUGUCGGUAUUGUUCUGCUAGGGGCAUUCAUGGCUGUCGGCGGGACGUAUGGGGUGAUUGUUCAGAUCAUGGAUGCUUAUAAGAGCGGGAAGAUCGACAAGGUGUUUUCUUGCGCAGAUAACAGCGGAUCGGUCUAG